UGACACCCUCCUCCCCCUCUUCCUCCAUUGAUCCCCAUGAUCUACCUAAUGUUGCUGGAGCCCCACCAUGACAAGACCAGCACCCCAGAGAAGAUGUUUGAUGGCUCCAGGAAGAUGAGAAGCCUGUGGGAUGGGGUGAGGCUGGAGGUGGCUGGGGACAGCAGCCCUGUAGUCCUCAGCAGUUUCACCCAGCUAGAUCCUGACCUGCCCCAACUGGAGAGCUCCGCGCAGGAGAUUGGAGAAGAGCUGGAUGACGGUGUUAUCUACAGCAUAUCACUCCGCAAAGUGCAGCUCCACCACACCGCCAACAAGGGGCAGCGAUGGCUGGGGGUAAGCAGGGUACCGUCUCCCAUGGGCACUGCAGAAGGCGGGCUUGCCGGAUCCCGGGAUACCACGUUUGAGAAUGAGUCGGGGCUGAGUCUGUACGAGACAUGCAAAGUUCGGACCAUCAAAGCUGGGACUCUGGAGAAGCUGGUGGAAUACCUGGUCUCUGCGUUCAAAGGCAAUGACUCCACUUAUGUCACUAUUUUCCUGUGCACAUACCGGGCUUUCGCGACCACCAAGCAACUGUUGGACUUGUUACUAAACAAGUUUGGGCGCCUCCAUCCUCAACUUAAUGGUGAACAUUCCCAUAACACUGUGGAUGACCGGCUUGAGCUAAAAAACACCAUCUCCUCCAUCUUAGGAGCAUGGCUGGAUCAGUAUUCAGAGGAUUUUCGCCAGGCGCCUGAUUAUGUCUGUUUAAAGCAGCUUAUCGCUUAUGUGCGGCACAAUAUCCCUGGCUCGGACAUGGAGCGCAGAGCACGCAAUCUUUUGACCCAGUUCCAGCGGCAGGAAAUUAGCGAGGUGGAUCAGGAUGUUUUGGACCACUCAAGUUGCACUUUCCGUCUCUUGGACGAGAGCUCCCUCUUAGAGCCGAAGCCAGACUUCCUGUUUUUCCGGCAGGAUAUGGUGGCUGAACAGUUUACCGUCAUGGAUGCUAAUCUCUUCAAGAAGGUGGUGCCUUACCACUGCCUGGGUUGCAUUUGGUCCCAAAGAGAUAAGAAAGGCAAGGAACAUCUGGCGCCAACCAUCCGUGCCACCGUCUCCCAGUUCAAUAGCGUCACCAACUGCGUCAUAUCCACGUGCCUGAGCGACCGGUCGCUAAAGCCCCAGCAAAGAGCCAAAAUUAUAGAGCGAUGGAUAGACGUGGCCAGGGAAUGUCGUAUUUUAAAGAAUUUCUCCUCUCUGCGCGCCAUCUUGUCGGCUCUGCAGUGUAACGCCAUUCACAGGCUGAAGAAGACCUGGGAUGAAGUUUCUAGAGAGAGCUUUCGGAUAUUUAUGGAACUUUCUGAAAUCUUUUCGGAUGAGAACAACCACUCUUUAAGCCGCGAGCUGUUGAUUAAGGAGGGCACUUCUAAAUUUGCAACCCUGGAUAUUAAUCCUAAAAGAGCGCAGAAGAGGCAACAGCAGCAGAGAGAAAUGGGAGUUAUGCAGGGCACCAUACCUUAUCUGGGCACUUUUCUCACUGACCUGGUGAUGCUGGACACUGCAAUGAAGGAUUAUUUAGAGGGUGGCCUUAUAAACUUUGAAAAGAGAAGGAAGGAGUUUGAAGUUAUUGCUCAGAUAAAACUACUGCAGUCGGCCUGUAAUAACUACAGCUUCACACCCGAAGAUUCAUUUGUGGAAUGGUUCCACAGUGUGGAGCGACUGACCGAGGCGGAAAGCUAUAGCUUAUCCUGUGAAAUUGAACCCUUGUCAGAAUCAGCAAGUAACACGUUGAAGGCCAAGAAAAACACAGGGAUCAUAAAACGAUGGAGCGACCGCCAGCCACCCAGCUCAGAGCCAUGUGCCAGCGUCAGCUCGCAUUCCAAGUCUUUCGAUCAGCUCAAGUGCAGCCCCCACCUCUGCGGAGGCGACAUGGCCGACUCUGUUAGCGUAACCUCAGCGGGAUCUAGCAGCUCUGACGUAGAAGAGAUUAACAUCAGCUUUGUGCCUGAGUCCCCGGACUGUCAGGAGAAGAAGGUACGAGAGGAACAUCCCCAGGCUCCGCCAGCACAGGCCACAGAACGCUGCGCUUCCGUGGGGUUCUGGGAAUCGACAUCGCUCUCGUCUCUGGACACGUCUGGCAUAGGUUCAGGUUCCAGCAGUGCUUCCUCCUCCUCCGUCUCCUCCACUCCUGUCUCUGCCUCACGGACUCACAAGCGAUCUGUCUCUGGCAUUUCCAGUUACUCCUCGCUGUCUCUCCCACUCUACAACCAGCAAAUAGACGACUGCUGCAUCAUCCGGGUCAGCCUAGACGUGGAUAACGGCAACAUGUACAAGAGCAUCCUGGUGACGAGUCAGGACAAAACGCCAGUGGUGAUCCGUAAAGCAAUGGCCAAACAUAACUUGGACGGGGAGCGGGCAGAAGACUAUGAACUGGUUCAGAUUCUAUCCGAGGAAAGAGAAUUGAAGAUUCCGGAUAACGCCAACGUCUUCUACGCUAUGAACUCGGGAGCCAAUUAUGACUUUGUUCUGAAAAAACGUGGUUUCUCCAAAGGGGUGAAAAUUAAACAUGGCUCUAGCUCCACGUUGCCCCGUAUGAAGCAGAAGGGACUUAAGAUUGCCAAAGGCAUUUUCUGACCUCUUGACCUACCCAGCUGUAUCCCAGCCGGAAAGCUGGAGGGACCCAAAGGAAAGCACUUACGUGUACCGUGGGUGAAGGGCUUGAGCUGACCCCCUUCUAUCUUCCAAACAUACUGGCCUUCUCUGUUUCUGGUGUUCUAAAACUUUGGGGAUGACAUGCAUCCGAACAGGUCAAGAGUGGAAUUUGUUGGUCUUCUAAGAUGAACAAGAGCCGUUCAAAAAGUUGGCUUAGACAUGAACCAACUUCAGGUGCCGCUACCACUCCAAAUAUCCCUAAAUUCCAUCAAGGACCCAAGAUCCGCCUCCAUGCCUUAGGUGCCUUCAAGAGCAGGGGGGUUAAGGUAGAGGCCUUUCUACAAAGAAGACUGUGAAGUAGGAUAUUAACCAGCCUGUGCCAUGCCCAGGAAUCCAGUAUUAACACGGACAAAAUGGAGUAGCCCAGUUGGGUUCAGAGUUGACUACAUAAUCUGUAAUGUGAUUGACUACAGAUUUGUAAAGCUGUGAGAGGCUGAUUGGCCCCGGCACUAGCUGUCUUUCCCCUUAAAGGGGGGACAUGUAAAUACUAACACCAUCUCCCUGUGGAUACCAUUAUUUAGCAAGUUUUCUACAAAAAGCACUUUGUAAAACAGACUGUAAAAU